GUGUGUGUGUGUGUUGUGUGUUGUGUGUUCAUGCUCAUGCCUUCUCAAUGCAAUUGUGCGAAUAAACCACUUUUCGUGUGUGUGUGUCAUUUACCGUCUUUCUCCCCCGCGUUUGUUGAACGAGAUUGUAAAACCACCCCACUCUGCCUAUGGAAAGGUAUAAACUUUCCCCAUUUGAGAAGGGGAGGGGUGGAAUGGAGAGUCUCAGAACGCAGCGCAGGCUUCGUUAGUAUUAGGAAUUAGCACAGGAUACCGCGUGUCUUAACCAGGAAAUCACAAUCUGGCUUCGGAAGGCCAUCGUUAGCGGAGAAAAAGCUCCAGCUGAGAUGAGCUGGGUCACUUUUGCCUGCGUUUUGCGAGGAAACGGCCUGGGGCGGAGGAGAGCGCUAACCGCCGGGAGCGAGCCAGCCAGAGGAGAAGGUAGGCUUGGCGGCGAGGGCCGACUGGGGGAGCUAGGUUGUUUUAUGCUUGUUUGCCGGGAAGUGUAGUUCGCGGCUGGCCGGUUUCCAGGGAAGUCCGGCAGGACGAGACUACAACUCCCAAGAGCGCACGGGGCUCUGGGCCAGUACGCGUGUGCGGCGCCAGGAGGGACAGCUCCGGUGCUGAUGUUGGAGCCGGUUAGUGAACCCCAAGUGUGCAGAGUGUGGAGCGUGGAGCUGUGCACGCGUGAUCCGGCCAGCUGUCUUAGCAAGAGAUAAAGGACAUUUUGCCAACAAUGAGACACGAAGCGCCCAUGCAGAUGGCCUCUGCCCAAGACUCCAGGUAUGGCCAGAAAGACUCCUCUGAUCAGAACUUUGACUACAUGUUCAAAUUGCUUAUCAUCGGCAAUAGCAGUGUGGGAAAAACAUCUUUCUUGUUCCGUUAUGCGGAUGACUCCUUUACAUCUGCAUUCGUCAGCACGGUUGGGAUUGAUUUCAAAGUAAAAACUGUAUUCAAAAAUGAAAAGAGAAUCAAGCUUCAGAUUUGGGACACAGCAGGCCAGGAAAGAUACAGGACUAUCACCACAGCCUAUUAUCGUGGGGCCAUGGGCUUUAUUUUAAUGUAUGACAUCACAAAUGAAGAAUCCUUCAAUGCAGUACAGGAUUGGUCAACUCAAAUCAAAACGUACUCUUGGGAUAAUGCCCAGGUUAUCCUGGUUGGGAAUAAGUGUGACAUGGAAGACGAGCGGGUCAUCUCAACCGAGAGAGGCCAACAUUUAGGAGAACAGCUUGGGUUUGAGUUCUUUGAAACAAGUGCCAAGGAUAACAUUAACGUCAAGCAAACAUUUGAGCGCCUUGUGGAUAUCAUCUGUGACAAGAUGUCAGAGAGCUUGGAGACCGACCCGACCAUCACUGCCGCAAAGCAGAACACAAGACUGAAGGAAACCCCUCCCCCACCACAGCCCAAUUGUGGCUGUUAAUGUCCCCAUACGCACAGGCAGCUCCAGUGGGUUCAUCUGCCAACAAACAGCAUUGAUAAAUGGUCGAUUAGCCUUCAUUUAUACUGCCUAAUAGUUAUUUGAGGGAAGUUUUUGAUGUUGAUGGCUCAUACAUGCAUUCAAUACUUAGGAGAUAUGCUGUGUUCAUAUGUGGCAAAUGUGUGAUCUUAAAUUUGUAAGGACUAGCCAUCUAUAAACAUCUGAUAUUUGCAUGUGACUAGGUAUUUGUCUUCUAGGCUUUUUUUUUUUUUCUUCAAAUUUCUUCUCAGCUAAGCUACUGUUGUGACCUCAGACAAUAAUAUCACCACAACUGACUUUUGUGCCACAGAUUCAAACUAUGCUCUUCACUUAUAGAGAUGAUAACUGAGGGACUGUGUGUGUGUGUGUGCGUGCACGGGCACACUUGCACCCAUGUGUGUGUAUGCAUGCGUGCACAUACAUACACAUAAGCAGAGAAGAUUUCAGGAGACCUCAUGUCUUCAUUUGCUUUACUCUUAACUAAAAUUAAGUGGAAAUAUUACUCACAAUCAGGGAGACUGUCAUGGGGCUGGUUAGUUUACUGCUCAGGAAAUGUGUCUAUUUUUCUCUGUUAAUAUCUGAGGAGACCACUGACUAUAAGGAAAUUGAAAAAUUGUUUUUAUGGUCCUUGAAAAUUUCCUAAGGCAUUAACAUGACUGGAACUAGAAUGAAACAAAUUUUAGUUUACAUGUUUAAAUAAGCAAUUGCUCUAACCCAGGAUUACUAUUUCCAUGGGCUCUACCCAAUGUUCUGAAUAUUUGGGGGGCAUUAAACAGACUGAGGAGUCUCUGGGGGAUGCAAACGAUUAAUAUGCUCGGCCGCAAACCUAAAGGUUGGCAGUUCCAGUCACUCAGAGGUGCCUGGGCAGAAAGGCCUAGCGAUCUACUUCUGGAAAAUCAGCCAUUCCAAACCCUGUGGAGCAGUUCUACCCGUACACACAUGGGGCUGCCGUGAGUCCGAGGUGACUCUAUGGCGGUUGGUUGGUUGGUUGGUUGGAGCAGACUGAGACUUAUCUGCUAAAUGCCAAUUAUGCAACAAGCUUUUUUUUUUUUUUUCUUUUUAGCUAAAGAGGGUAUGAGUAUCUGUAGAAUUCCAAGGUCUGGUCUCCCCCCGUUUUCUUAAUGUCUUGCCCCUUAUCACAUACACACCACCACCACCACCACCACCAUGGUCACUUUCUUGGAACCAUCACCAGCUCUUGAAACGGAGGAUUCGUUGAAGCUUUCUUACACUCCUCGUCCCAUAGGGUGUAGGCUUACUUCCUCAGCCAUUGCCUUCCACUCAAAACACAGCUAAAUUCUAGUACCUAAUUAGAUGUUAUUUAAACACUGUCUCAGUGGGUCCCAGGUUGAAGAAAAGACAAUUUUCAUCUCUUUUUCAAUGAAGCUGUUCAUAACUCUAAAGAGUAUCCCCAUUGUGUAAGCUCUAAUCAUGCUUUAGUUACUCUGAGAAUCCUCUUUGGAACAGAGGAUUACAGAAACACUCAGAGUGCCAUAAGCAAUUUGAACAUGGGAGGAAAACCAUUCAAAAACCCAGAUAUUUUAUUCUAGAUUUCCCGAAGACCAUUAUGAAGAACAAGCAAACAACAAAUCCCACCAACUGGGCUGAGCCCUGAAGGGAAAGCCGGCUUCUGUAUCCUUGUCCGGCAUUAAUUGCAGCCGGGAUCAUAAAAAGGCCGCAGAUACUGUUUGGUGGAUUUGGAAGGACAGGUCCAUCAGGUCGACUUUCCUUUUUUUUUUUUUUUGGUGGUCAUGUUAAAGGUUUUUCUCUCUCUCUCCGAAAAUAGAGAAGUUUCCCAUGAAAAUAUUGGGUGGAAUUUAUUGGGCAAAGGUACUGAUCAGGAAACAUGCAUGUCUAAAGAUGUCUCUGUAAGAUAAAUGCCUCAUCAGGAAACUAGGCCACGUACAUUUAGUAAAUUGUUUUUAGCUGCCUUUGGGUCAGCACCCAGCUUAUGAAAGCCCUGGGUACAACUGAAGGCAACACUGCCCAGUGCUGCACCAUCCCAUGCUCAGUUGCCAAUCGAACCGUUGUGAUCCAUAGGGUUUUCAUUGCUGAUUUUCAGAAGUAAAUCCCCAGGUCUUUCUUCCAAGUCACCUCUGAGUGGACUCGAACCUCUGACCUUUCGGUUAACAGCUGAGUGCAUUGACCAUUACACCAUCCAGGGACUCCUAUUAGUAAGUCAGAAGAUGAAAAUUAUAGAAGAGAGCAUUAGCGAUGUUUUAACCAUGUCUAUGUUAUUUCUCACCUUUUUAGCUUAAAAUUCCACUAGUUGGUAAUAAAUUUCCACUUUGGCACCCUGCAAGGCAAGCCUUACCUCAAUGAAGAUAGAACAACAUUCAUGUUUUAUUAGGUUUUUAAGAACAAUCAGCUUCAAAGUCACAGAAAUUAAUGUGAGAGUAGAGGGAAAGAGGGGGGCAUAAAAGCAGAUUUGUUUGCAACAGUAGCCCCAGUGUCAAACAUGCCAAAGUUUAACUAUUUUAUGCCAGUCUGGGGAACAUGAUGCAGCAACAGCAAGUGAGUCAAUUGCCAAGAAAUAUUUAAUACUUUCUAUUGCCCAGCCCCCUUUGGAAGUGAAGCCUUCCGGGUUGAUUCUCUGUCCUGGAGCAUGCACCGUUUUGUAAACUCCAUUUGGAGUAAUCGAAUGAGAAAUUUCCAGAGAGGAUUGUCACAGGACUCUGUGGAGGAAUGCCUGUGUUCCUUCUAUAAAGCAGUGGGAAGAAAGGAUUGUCUCUCCCUUGAUCUCAUCAAAAGAUCCUGAAAUUAAAAUCAAAUUUGGCAAUUGAGGGACAAGCCCAGGGUUAAUUAAGUGAGCUUCUAUUGGCAUCAACAUAUAUCACUUACAAAUCACAGUGCGCGUGCGCGCACACACACGUGCGCGGUACACCUACAUCAGCUCCAUCUGCCCCAGCAACCAAAUUACCACAGGCCAUUUUUACCAAAGACCCAUAAACCUAUCUGAAUUUACAUUUAAAAGAGCAAGACACCUUGAAAGGUACAUGCUUAUGUUAGUUCCUAAAUCCUAGCUAUCCACCCCUUGUUGUCCUUGAUGCAAUUAAAUUAGUGUUUGAGGUAUGAAUUUCUUUUGCUCUGCUGCUCAUCUCACCACCACCACCACCCUCCAAUUGUUUGUCAGAAACAAACCUUGAGUUGUUUUGAGCAGGUGCUUCCAAGAGCUCAGGAGUUGGAACAUUCCUUUCCUUUCCUAAUUCAACUGAAACACUGGAUUGGAAAUCAUCUCCUGUAAAUAGCCAUCCUCAGAGUAGACCAGCGUUUUAGCUUUUGGAGAUGAGAAUAGAUGUAAAAGGUGCAUGAAAUAUCUUAAGAUGGCAGUUUAAAAAAUUAACAUCACAUCUAUGGGCUCAAAAAAAACCCAAACCAAACUCAGUGCCGUCAAGUUGAUUCCGACUCACAGCGACCCUAUAGGACAGAGUAGAACUGCCCCAUAGUGCUUCCAAGGAGCACCUGGCGGAUUUGAACUGCUGACCCUUUGGUUAACAGCUGUGGCGCUUAACAACUCUGCCACCAGGGUUUCCUCUAUGGGCCCCUGAGAGGAAUUACUUCAGGACAAUAAAUCAGUUCCUUGUGGCUGCCCCCACUGCACAGCUUGUACUGCCUUGAUAAACUUCUAAGGACUGAGAGAACCAGAAGGUUCUUUGGCUCACUUGAUGUCAGUAGCCUGGUAAAUCAGUGCUAAGAUUUUAAUUUGGAAAGGAAACUCUUGAGUAUGCCUUCAGUUGUAGCAGACAGCUACAGCAUGGUCAUGAUAAAAGUGAAAUCUAAUUUCUACAAUGUUACAGCUCAAAUUAUACAAGGCACUCAAUAAUGAAAUACAUAUUUCACCAAUUUAACUCUUAACCCAGAUUAACUGUAGUCUUUGUGUUUAGCUUAUAUUUUUUAGGAGUCAAUUUAAACUUCCAAUUUUAACCACAUCUAUGCUGACAAUAAAUUUUCAGGUAUACAAUGUUCUUUUUUAAAGGUAGAAAUCACCCACUAUUAACUGAACUUCUAUAAAGCAACAUUAAUGUUGGAGUGUGAUCUUUCAUAAUCAGUGGUUCAUUGUGAUGUGCUUUACCCAACACACAUCUUAGUACAUGGCGAGGAUGUACUAUGCCAUCCUUUAGUCAGCCAUGUGGCAUUUGUGGGACUAUAUUAAAAAUGUAUCCGAACUCUACUAAGCUAUACUAAGCUGAGAAAGCAGCUGCAUGUGAAAAACUGUGAUAGAAAUUUUAUUUUAAAGUCAUGACUAAAAUCCUUCUGGACCAAAAAGUUACUCUAUGUUUCUUAAUAAUUUUCUUAGAUUUUUGGAAUGCUCUACUGGGUAUUCUUGGUAUUGCAUUCUUGGGAACUGACCUGUCCUUCUCUCUGAAGAGUCUGUCCUUUUUCCCUAAAUUAUAGUUUUCAUGACCGGUGACUUGAACUCUCAGUUCCUUGGCUGUAGACUCAGUGUGCCAAGUCAGGGUGCAUGUGAGCGACUAGGUCCAUGUGGCCUUUCUAAUCAGCCUGAGAGGUGCAAUUUCUACAACUUUGCUUAGCUCUGCCUAUCUGUACAUAAUACCCAUGCUUUAGUUUGCCAGUACAAUGGUGAAGUCUUUCUGACGUGCUCAACCAUUUUAUUAUUAAGGUCAGCUUUUUAGAGUUCUUCAUAUUUUAGGUGAAUUUUUUACCAAUGUUAGUUAAGGGCAUAGACCUGUUUUAUAUCCUGAAAUGAAUUGGGACAAAUUAGGUAAAAGAUGAAGUUUAUGGCCAGAAAAAAAGGGCCUUUUUCCUUACAUUGCACCUGAAGGGCUCUAGAUUCUAGAAAUACAGUAUCCCCUACGGGGUCAAAAACAGGACUGGGGAGUUUAUCUAAAAUAUAUCUACCUAUUGUUAUUGGUAUUUCUAAAUAAAUGUAGUUAUUUUUUUUCUUAAAAGAACCUUUACAGAGAUGCUUGACACUCCAGUCAAAUAAUAUUUCCCUAUAUAGUAAUAAUAUUAUAAAUAAUAUUAAGAUUAAAAUAUUUACCCUUGGACCACACACAUAGUGCUGCCCUCCCAACACACACACUCACACACAGAGAUAACCUUUUUUAAUUAAGGCAAAAUUCCACAUAUGGUGCUUUCUCAGGGCUGGGGAAAAGGGAGCCUUUGUUAUGUUCCAACUCUAACACAUGUUGCUUAAAAGGGUCCAUGAAAUAGCUCCUUGACACUGAUUUGAUUCGAUUAGUCUGUGUGCCUGUGAACAUAAUUAAUUCCUGUUGAACAGAGAGGGUAGAGAGACAGCAUUAUUUUGCAAAUAUUCUAAACAACAGAAAUGAAUUUAACUUCAGCCAGGGCUAAAGUAUUGUGAUCAAUACCAUCUAGUUAGUGGACAAAUCAAAUAUUCUAUUUGCGAUUCUCUUUUCCGUUUCCUGAUUUUGGGUUAUCAUAUUAAUUUUUUAAAGUACCAUCUUCAUAGAAUGACAGGACCAAGAAUAGAAAAGUGACUCAAGUUUCGCCAUUUACCUCCUAUCAGCAACCAUUAUUAGUGGAAUCUCAGCUAGUCAUUACUCGCUCAGUUGAGGUUUGGGGAUUUUACCUGCACAUUUCAUUCCCCUGUGCUCAUCUUUCCUUCAUCAUGGACAACUGAGAGUUGGCUAUGGCUUUAUCUCUUCAUGGAACUAUUUUCUGUAUUCAUGUUGUUUCAGGCUAGGGAUUGCUUAGGUUCAUGAAUACUGUUCUUAAAAGACACAGACGUACAUGAGCCACAGAGACACCUGGCCUUUCAGGGAUGUGAGCGUGACCUACAUCUGUCUGAGAGUUUCAUACUUCCUCUUGUAAAAAUGAAGUCUGGGGAUUGUUUGCUGUACCCAUGUGAUAGCUUGCCAUGCAUUGUCUCCUCAACCCUAAGAUGUGUGCUGAAUGAAAACUGUCCUGUAAUUCAUGUUAAUAUAUUGUUAAUGUCAGACGUGAUGUGAUACCUUUGGACUGUCCAAAUGUACAGCUAUUUAAUAGUGUUUGUGGAACUGAAAUGUCUUAAAUGUUGCAUGAAAUAUGUUAUAAAAAUAGAUUUGUUUUCUAUUUUUCAACACCUCAUAAUUGAGGGUUCAUGGGCCAAUAAGUGCAAUAUUUAAUGACUUAUCAGUGUAUAUAAACUAGUGUGAAAGAGUGAGUGGUAACGAAUGUGUGAGGCGCUUUGAUUGCUGUGUAACUUAUUCAAAUGAUUUCUAGUAGCUGUAUUUGUCUAGUGGUGCAAUUUAUACAGUAAAUACCUUAUUGGUGUCAUGUGAAACUCCUCUGUGCCUAUUUCAAAGUACUUUUUUUUUUUUCUAUAAGACCAAGCACUUAGUAUCUGUGAAUACAUGUCAAUCUUAUAGAAUUGUGGAGUUUAUUUUCAAGACAGAAUGGCUGUUAAUUUAAUUUUAUAAAGGCAUUUCCUUCUUUAUUUCAGAAUUCUCCCAAAGUCUCUUAUAAGAUUGUACAUUUUAUUUAAUUUAGGAACCUAAGAAAAAAUAUGCAUGUAAGGAAAAGUCACUUUUUUUCUUCUCGGAAAGGCUGAAUUCAUGUUCUAUCUACUAAGAAUUUUUGCUCUUGUAUUUGUGUGUGUAUUUUAUUGGUACUCAACCUUGUAUUUUGUUUGCAAAUUUAACACUAUCAACCCUGGGAAUCCUAAAAUAUCAAUGUCUUUUUAGGUUGUAGCUAAUGUUACAUUCACUCUCUAUUCUCGAUUGUCCACACUGGUGAUACAGGAGAAACAAAUAUCAGAAUCCUUAAAUCACUUCGGAAUGUCAUAAACUCAUGUAUUCAUCCUCACAUCCUCUUGGUUAAUCCCAGAAUUGGUGGCCUGGAAUGUCACUGAGCAGGAAAAACAAGAAAUUUUAGCCCUGGUUGCUGGAUUACCAAAAGCUGUUAACGUUUAUGUGUGUGAUGUUUAAAGUAAGUCAAGCACCUUAAGCUCUGUUUCACCAUUUCAAUUUGUAAAGCAAAGCAAUCAUUUUAAUACUGUGCUUUGCCUUUUCAUUUAGUUAGCAGAGUAAGCCAUGAUACCCUUAGAAAAAAAACAAGUUAUGAGUUGUCCACUAACAGUGGUGGAGGGCAGCUGGCUCUACAAGGCCAUGGCCAUCUGUAUGUCAUAAAAAGCCUUCAGUUUUCUCUGUGGCACUUGGCCUGAAAUUGAUACAUGAGGAUGUGCCAAUCACACUAACUGGCUUUGGGCUACCAAGAGUGACAUCUGGCCCUAUAUUAAAUAUGAUAGCCUGAAAUUUGUACUCAGCUCUCAAAAUCCACUGAAGAAAUCAAGUGAAGAUAGGUGAAACAAGGAGAUUAGUGAGGACUUCGUGCCAAAUUUAAGAAAGAAAAAUGGAAGACGGUAGUCGACAUUAGAAUGAUAAUUUAAGAGUGUAGUUAAACGUUUAGGUAGUCAACACAGUUAUUGAACACCUACCACGUGCUCAGUGCUGUGGAAUCAAACAUGGAAGAGUUACGGCUCCUGCCCCUGAUAAGCUUACUGACUGAAUGAGGAACAAGACAAAAUACUAGGACAUAAUCUAGGUGCUAAAUUAUGUCAGGGUAUAGAGCACAGAGAAAGGGGGACUUAUGAGGUCUGGAAGAGCCAAGGAUUGCUCCAUUGAAAAGGUUAGGCAGGAUCCUAGGAAGAAUUAGGUAGCGAGGAGAUUGUUCCAGACACAUAAGCGGGAAAGGUCUCAGUGUGCUCCCUGAAAAGGGAAGGGUGAAAGACCUGACAGCUAUGGGUCAUUGUUUUUCUCAAGAGCACCAAACGGGCCUUUGAAAACCCCAAACUAACCUAGUUUGGCUCCCUGUGCUUUAGUCCCCGUGAGGAACACAAGAUGUCACAUUGUCAUAUCCCUCUGUGCUGGUAGCCCAGAAGAGGCCACAAAACGCAAAUUGCUUUAAAGCCACCUUAGAGCAGUUGAUUUAGACAUUUUACCAAUGUACCAAACCAUGAGACAUUGUCUAACAUAGUGUCACCUAAAUAGAUGUGUACCCAGAGGCUUUUCUCUAUGCUGUCCACAAAAGGCACUAAGAAGUAAACAGAUGAAGACUUCCUUUUGUAACCGGGCACUUUGGACACCUUCUCAGUGAAUGUACUGUGGAACUAACUCUUCUUGAGAAAAAAAAAAAAAAUUGAGUAAGAGCUUAAUGCUUUCAUAUAGUGAUUGUGAUGUUUAGCUAAAAACUACUGCUGCGCGGCAAAUAUCGUGACUCUUCAUGUCUCCACAAGAGCUCUUGUCUGGGUUUAAAGCUAUGAAACUUAUUCACAUUGUGAAGUUUUAAUUCUCCUUAUUGAAAUUAAUUGUGUAAAGACUGUGUGCUCUAUUAGGUAUUCAGUUUGUAUGUGAAUUCUGUAUGGAAAGUGGUUUUUGUUCUUUGGAUUUGUCUUGUUUUAUUUUUUGGAGAAUACAAUAAAUAUCUAAGAGACUAUAUUCCUGAAUUCCUCGGCCUUAGUCUG